AUGCGCUAUUCCACACACCCGUGCGCAGACAAGGUGCAUCGAGAGCUGUUUGGCUGCCAGGGGAGCGCCACCAUCCUGGAUUCCGAGGGGGAAAUUUUUGACUGCCUGAUCUCCAUGGAGCUCCGAAAUGACAACAGGGUGCAGUACACGCUGCAGGGAGACUUCCUGAUGCUGUGGGACAAGUAUGGUAUUGGGGAAGGCGAUGUCCUGACCUUCAGGAAGGACCCCCUUACAGCUAUCGUUGAGGAGGAUGCUGACGUGGAAGAGGGCCGCAGCGCAUUUGCACCUGUGCACCAGGACCGCUGGAGGGAAGUGGGGCCUGGGCAGGCACUGAAGACCGUGUACCGCACCAACCUGUCCCACUUCCACUGCCCCAUCCCUGAGUGGCUGUACGAAUCGCUGAGUGGCCAGGCUCCCACGCCCAACUGCACACUUCAAGUCUUUGACCCUCACAUGGGUCAGGACCUGGCCCUGGAUGUCGUCUUUUGUGAGAACGCCAAGGUCCACUACAUAACCGGUCCUGCCUACAAGCGGUGGCUGCUGGAUUCCAGCCUGGCCGUGGGCGACCAGAUCCUGGUGCAUCGCCGCCGUGACGUCAUCCACUGGCAGCGGGUUCCAGUGCCACGCACGCAAUCGGAGGCCGACGCGGGCUGCUAUGCCUCGGGCUGCAUAGCACAUGGGCGCUCCGCCUCCCGCCAGGGCAGCGACGAGGACGCCGGCUUUGAAAGGUUCGAGGUGCUGGCGGCGGUGGCCGAGGACGUGGGCAUCCACGGCACCCCGGCGCUGCUGGGGGGCGGGGCGCUGGGGCCGAUCCUGGGCCAGGAAGGGGUCGCGAAGCCGGAGCCGGGGUCCGGAGGGACUCUGGCGGGUUUGAAGAUCGACGAAGCCAAACCCCCGGUCAAGGAGUCCGCCGGUGGCGAGCCAAGAAACGAGCACCCCCAUCGCGCCGCGCUGGCCCUGCUGGAGCCGCAGCAGGGUUGGGGAGGGGUCGCCGCCGCUCGGCACCCCCUGCCCACCCUGUUCAAACCCCGGGGGGCGCUGCCCUGCGCUGCCAGCCAGUUUCCUUCGGACCCAUGCCCCCCGCCCUCGUCCGGCGAGGCGCUGGCCUCGGCAUGGACCAGCCUGCCACCCCUGGUCACCCAGUGCCCGCCCAGACCGGCGGCGGCCCAGGUGGCCCAGGACACCAUGGCGCUGUACUUUCUCAUGGAGCAGAUCCUGGCGUGCCACACGUGGACCAGCGAGGAGAUCGGCAUCUGGACCGGCCUGAAGGCCAAGCUGGCCUGCCUCGACGACAACGGGCGGCGCAUCUGCUGCCUCAACCUGUCCACCGCAGCGACGGACCGGGGCCGGUUGCUGGACUUUGCCCUCAGCAUCCUCACGCUGGCACCCACCACGCCGCCAAAGCAGUGCGCACGCAGCCCCGCCCUACGCACCGACCCAUGA